AUGUCCGUGUCUAUGUCGUCUCCUAGCGGGAACGGAUCCGCUACAGUGAACGGCACCACAUGUUCUGAAGGAGUUCUACGAGCCGUACCUCUCCCAUGUCGCGAAAAAACAGGGAACCCAGAUCCUAUCCGGUCCCUCUUUCCACCGGAGGACCGCCCCGAUGUAAUCUCGCUGCUCGCAGGCAAGCCGAACUCCAACACAUUCCCCAUCACCUCUUUGCAAUUCACGACGCACGACCCGCAGUCGCCGUCCGAGGACGUGACGCUCGAGCUCAACGCGGACGAUCUGGCGAUUGCCUUGCAGUACACCGAGACUGCGGGGCUGCCGGAGUUAUGCGAAUGGGUGUACGGUUUUCAGGGUUGCUACCAUGGGCGCCAGAAGGGAGAAGGGUGGAAAGUCAGCAUCGGCGCUGGGUCGCAGGAUAUGAUCAACAAGGCCGUGGCUGCGCUGGUGAAUCCUGGAGAUCCGGUGCUCGUGGAGGCGCCUGUUUAUGUAGGCAUUAUUCCUAUUUUCCAAUCACUAGACUGUGAAAUGAUUGAGGUGGAGACAGAUGCAGAAGGUAUCUGCUCUCAAUCGAUCCGCGAGAUCCUAGAGAGCUGGCCUGCAUUCAAGCCCAAGCCGAGAGUACUUUACACCAUUCCCUAUGGUUGCAACCCGACAGGUAUGACUGCGAGCCGUAAACGUCGUCUUGAGGUAUUGGAGCUUGCACGAGAACACGGCUUCCUCGUUCUUGAAGACGAUCCUUACUACUUCCUCUACUAUGGGAAAGCCGAACGGCCGCCAUCGUACUUCGCACUAGAGCGAGGCGAGCCGGAGGUGGGCCGGGUGCUUCGCUUUGAUAGUCUUUCCAAGGUCGUAUCAGCAGGAAUGAGAAUGGGCGCCCUGUCUUGGCCUGAGCCUCUCGUGAGAGCGAUAGACAAGCACACCGCAACUGCAAAUAUGCAGCCGUCCUCGCUCACGCAGAUGAUUGCGCUGAAGAUUCUGCAGCGCUGGGGCUACGAUGGCUUCAAGCGGCACGCCGACGCGGUGUCAGGAUUCUAUCGCCAAAAGCGGGAUGCGUUCGAGGACGCGAUGAAGUGUCACCUGGCGGGACUGGCGGAGUGGACCACGCCCGAGGCGGGCAUGUUUGUUUGGUUCAAACUGCUCCUGGGUGACCCGGGCGCCGCCUCCGAGACGGACGUGCACGACUCGAACCACAUCAUCCGGACGAAGGCGCUCGAGAGGGGCGUGCUCGCUCUCCCUGGCACGGCAUUCUUCCCCAGCGGCGCCACCACCGCGUACGUGCGCGCGUCGUUCAGCAUCCCUCCCUCCGAUCGGGUCGACGAGGCGCUCCGGCGGUUGCGCGAGGUCAUUCUGGAUGCGCGGACGUCUGGGCCACAGCGCGCCUGA